AGAUGAAGUGAUCUUCUGCACUGAGCAAGCUGAGCGGAGGUUCGCAGGAGGCACGAGCUGCUGUCAUCCCGCUGUAUGCAGUGCACACGGUUUUUCUCAGGCGUCAGGAAUGUCUUCUGAGCCCACUUCAUCUGCUUCGCAGCAGUCCCCCACCUCUCCACCCUCACCCAGUUCUCUCCAUCUGCCUGAAAACCGCAGGGUGAGGGAUCGCUCCCCGUCGCCCUUGAGAGGGUACCUCAUCCCCAGUCCGCUGCCCACCCGACGGACCAGAACAUUUUCAGCAACUGUGAGAGCAUCAGAGGGUCCCAUCUACAAAGGUGUCUGUAAAUGCUUCUGUCGCUCCAAAGGCCAUGGCUUCAUUACCCCUGCAGAUGGAGGGCCUGACAUCUUCGUACACAUCUCGGAUAUCGAAGGCGAGUAUGUUCCCGUGGCAGGCGAUGAGGUCACCUACAAGAUGUGCACCAUCCCACCGAAGAACGAGAAGCUUCAGGCGGUGGAGGUGGUGAUUACCCAUCUAGCUCCUGGAACCAAGCACGAGACCUGGUCGGGGCACGUCAUCAGCUCCUGAGGUGUCCCGGAGGGAGUGCGGCCGCUGCCUGCAUCGUCACUGCUCAACAACUGGCUGCAGGGGACCCGUCCUAAGAAUAUUCUACAUAUUGUGCGGGAGGAAAUUCCGCAUUGUCAAUAAAGCAGAAGUAGGCCAAAAUUACUAUUUUUACAGCUGGCCUCUAAUUAAAAAA